GCGGGACCAGGUUUGAGUGAAGUUUUUCACUUCUUAGUUCUUGCAACUGAUUUCCUAUUUAAUUUAACAUAAUUAACUUAAUUGUGAUCCAAAUCAUCAAUUUCUUGUGAUUUGAAAUUAAGUUGUAAGUACUGUCAUUGCUCAAAAUGGAUUGUGACGUGGAAAAUGAUGACCCCUUGUUUUUUACGGAAACUGGGAAGAGGCGAUCGAGAGACGACGUGGAAUUCAUCAAGUUGACCAAGAGGCAACGAACAACACCGUCAAACCCAACGUCAGAGUUGGACGUUGAAGAUACCAUCAUCGACACGGAUGAGAAUGUUGACUCGGAAAGUGUCCCAUUUAUCGUGCCUUAUCGCCGCGUUCUUCGCCACAUCCCGCAGGAUAUUCCAUACGUCCCAGUAACCACCGAGUCCGGGUCGAGAGUGUAUCUCAGAAUUUUGCAAACGGAGAAAAAAACGAGUGAAGAACUAGGUGAGGAUGAGGAGGAUGAGCCUCGUAAAUUGAUAACCACAGAAGGAGGGAAGAACUGCCAGCUAUUUAAUAAUUGGGGCGCAAUUAAAGCGGAAGCAAGGAUUUUGAAAGACAGGUUUCAUCGCAGUUUGGCAAACAUAGUCGAAAAUGAAGACGUGGUGGCGGGGCUGGGGGUGGACAACCGGUGCGAAGAGUCACUUUGGGUUGAAAAAUAUAAGCCUAGGUCGUAUUUGGACUUGUUAAGUGAAGAGGGAACAAAUAAAACGCUGCUCCAUUGGUUAAAACUCUGGGAUAAAUCUGUGUUCGGAACUGAUUUUUUGGCAAAAGUCAAAAUGACGAAGGAUAAAUAUGCCAAUUUGGAGGCAAAGGAAAAAGAAAAACUGGAGAAGAAAUUCCAUUCCAAAGGUGCUAAUGCUGCUGCUAAUGCGUACGCCGGUCUUGACGAAUAUGACGAAAUGGGAAGACCAAAACUGAAAGUGGCGUUGUUGUUUGGUCCACCGGGCUUGGGGAAAACAACUUGUGCCCACGUUAUUGCAAAACAUGCAGGGUAUAGUGUUCGGGAAAUGAAUGCCAGUGAUGAUCGAUCCGUGGACUACAUUACUAAAGUUCUGGACGAUGCUUUGCAGUCAAAGUCUGAAAUCUUUCAAGAUGGAAAGCCCAAUUGUUUAAUAAUUGAUGAAAUUGAUGGGGCUCCUGUGGCCACGGUCAACGUCUUGAUUGAGUUGAUAUCUGGAAAUUCGGUGGAAAAAGGGAAAAAGAAGUUAAAGAAGGUUCUGAAACGCCCGAUUAUUUGCAUCUGCAAUGAUUUAUAUGCACCGUCAUUGAAGGAAUUGAGAAAACAUGCACUCGUUCUGCAAUUCUUUCCAGUUACUGUGGCAUGUUUGGGAGAAAGACUGCACGAAAUAUCUUUACGGGAACACCUUCACCUUGAUAAUGGAACGAUUCAAAGUCUUUGUGAGAAAUCAGAGUGUGACAUUCGCUCAUGUUUGUCCACAUUGCAGUUUCUGAAAAAGAAGAAUUGCACUCCGAAAGAUGCCUUGUUUUCGCAAAUAGGAAUGAAGGAUAAAUCGAAAGGUUUAUUUUCUGUGUGGUCGGAUAUAUUUACGAUUCCGGAUAGUAAACGGAACCGUUACGACAAUGUGGACCCUUCUAAACCUGCUGUCCGAUUUAACUCAGUUCUGAGAGUGGUCCAAAGCUAUGGCGAGUAUGAAAAACUACUCGGUGGUGUUUUUGAAAAUUAUCUAAGAAGCAAAUUUAAAGAUUGUUACUUUGAAUCGAUUCUAGAAGGGCUGAGUUGGACUAAUUGGUUUUGCGAAAUGAAUGCAUCAAUUCAGCAACAUCAAAAUUACUCCCUGAUGGGUUAUCUUCCUAUUCAUUUUGUCGCCUGUCACUUUCUAUUUGGUCAGCGAGCAUGGUUCAAAAUUAAUUUUCCGUCGAACGAUGCGACCCAAAAAAUACCUCGAACUCGAAACAUCAUCAGUAACAUGCUGUCCGAAGUUGUUCCUUCCGUUGGCAGAUUUUUGGACGCACAUAACGCCAUAACUGAUCUCCUUCCGUCCCUGCUCUCAGUAAUUCAGCCGUCUACGAUUAGACCGGUACCAACGCAGAUUUGGUCGGCUCGUGAAAGGGAAACAUUACGCAACAUUGUGGAAGUCAUGAUCGCAUACAAUUUAUCAUACUCGCAAAUGAAAAGCGUGGAAAGUGGAGCGUACAAUUUUGUGCUGGAACCAGAUAUUGAGGCACUGACAAAACUGAAGCUUCAGGACACCCAAGGGUCAAAAAGAACUUUUGCAUAUGCCGUUAAGCAGCUAGUAGCUCGGGAAAUAGAGACGGAAAAAAUGCGUCGGAAUGAUAAUGUUUUAAUAGAUUCACGAUCACAAUCUCUCCUGCCAAAACCAAUUGAGGCUAAUAAUUCUCAAACAACUGUGAAGAAACAAACUCAAGAGUUUAAAGUACCCAAGCCAGUAGCUGUUUCUUCAAGGAUUAAAGCUGAAAUGACGACAAAGGAUUUUUUUGGUAGAACGGUUGCCCUCUCGGCGCAAAAAACUCAAGACUUGUUGGCGUUGAAACGACGGACAUCAGGAAUAUAUUUCCGCUUUAAGGAAGGAUACAGCAAUGCAGUUCGUAGAUUAGUGAAGAUGAAAGACUUGGAAUGAAAAACUCGAUAAGCAAAUAUUUUACAUUUUGUUCAUUUUAUUUAAUAUCGACUGCGUCCAUAAACGAGAUAAGAUAUACUUUAUGCAAAAUAAAUUAAACCUGUUAAAACUUA